AUGGAUUUUCCCACUAGUCUCGACUUUUUCCCUGCAGAGCUUGUCAUCUGGAUAGGUGAAUUCUUGGACCGGAAGACAUUGGCCGCCUUUAUCCGUACAUCGAAGCGAUAUGCCCAGCUCUUGACACCCCAGCUUUUAACUCUGUGGCUCUCGUGCAAAACUGGCAAGUAUUGCUUCAGGCGUAAUUGGCCUGAAACACAGAAUUGGAAGUCAUCUCAUAUAGUCGAUUUUUUCCAGAACUUCCCGUCUGAUGUAUCUCAGAUCUACUGUUGCUCUACAUUGCUGUUUCGGUUUGCCGAUGGAGGUAACCUAGAGCUCGUGAAGCUCAUGUUAUCUAGGGGCGCAGAUCUCGAGGCAAAAGGCGCGAAUGGGGAGACUCCUCUGCAUAUUGCUACCAGUGGAGGACAUAUUCAGGUCGUGCAGGCAUUGCUGGAAGCCGGGGCAGAUGCCAGUGCCAAAGACAGGUAUGGAGAUACACUACUGCAGAGAGCGGCAUCCAUGGGGAAGCCGGCCAUGAUCCGAUACCUGAUUAGCUCAGGACAAUACACGCUGGAAGCCCUACUGGAAGCGUUUGAACGGGGUAUGAAGUGCUUCUUCCCAAAAGUCUGUGCAGAAGUCUGUGCAGAAGUCUGGCCCGCUCUCGAAAAUGCCGGCUAUAAGUUCAACGCGACUGGCACUGACGGUCAAAUAUACCUUCACUUCGCCGCUAAGAGAGGACUUAGCUUUCUUGUGCAGUUCUUUCUUGAUAGGGGCCAUGACCCCUUUCGCUUGGAUGAAAAGGGAAAUACAGCCUUGAGCAUCGCCUGCUCAGAAGUUUUUUCUCGCUCGGAGGAUAUGUUAGAAACUCCGAAGCUACUCAUUAACGCAAUGCAAGCCGCUGGCGGUGACCCUUUCAAAGCAAACCGAGAGGGUGUUACUCCACUGCACAAAGCCAUUCAGAAAUCGCAGGUUGAUCUAGUCAGAUUAUUUCUCGAUUCCGGAGCAAGUGUGACUGCUCGGGGUAAGAAUGGGAUUAAAUGCAUGGAAAGAGCACUACGAGGUCCUAGAGAUAUGUUUGAGCUGCUCGUUGACCGUGAACCCGCCUUAUGGCCCACCCACAUGCUACAAUCAAGCCUUCAUGGUUAUACAGUCGAGUUGAAAAAAGGACAAGGUUACCAGGAUACUCCGAAGGCUAUAGCAAGGAUCCUGAAACUCGCCAAAUCUGGCAAGGCAGCAAUCAAUGUCUCCACCAGGGACAGCUCGGGAUCUACUCCGCUUCAUAAUACAUGUCUGGCUAGGCACAACUCUGCUGAGGUUCCUGGGCUCAUUCGCUCUUUCAUCGAAGCAGGGGCAGAUAUAGACAUGCCAGAUGACGAAGGCCGAACACCUCUCCACAAUAUACUCAGGGUAUCUACUCCAAAAUCUGAGCGGGAGAUCAUACAGACGAUGAUAAAUCUCAGCAAGAAUAUCAACAAGCUGAGCAAAGCCGGUGAUAGUUAUUUGCAUUUAGCAGCUGACGCCAACCAGCUACGUGCUGUACAGCUGCUGUUGAGCAAAAUGAGCAAGGACACUGUGUUCGCGGCCAAUGAGUCCGGCUACACCAGUCUGCAUUAUGCCGCAAUAUCCGAAAAUACCUCGAUAAUUCAGCAGAUCCUAGCCACCGGUAUCGAUGUAAACGCCAAGGACCGGCAUGGACGGACGGCUUUACACUACAUGGACAACAAGCACAAUGAGUCAUGUGUUGCGGUACUGAUCGAAGCCGGGGCAGAUGUGAAUAUAUUGGACAAUGAAGGGAGACCACCAAUCCAUCAUGCGUCGAUAUGGGGGAAAGACGGGAUGAUGGAGCUUUAUGUGAAAGGGGGAGCUUCUGAGCACGAAGGCUGCGAUUCUUGCAACAGAAACAUCAAAUCAACCAGGGAGUGGCUAAAGGAAGUUGGCUGUUUAAUUUGA